UGCACAACCAGCACGAUCAAGAGAGAGCUGCUGCUCUCGGCGAGGCGCGUUGAUAAAUGUUCUCGCUCAUUGCCGGCCUGAUUCGGUACCUAUUUUCCAAGACCGAGAUCAAUGUCCUUAUUCUGGGGCUGGACUACGCGGGUAAAACUACAUUGUUGGAGCAGAUGAAGGGCAUUUUCAAGAAAGUUCAGGGGAUACCACCGUCCAAGAUUCCGCCAACAGUGGGAUUGAACGUUGGCAAGAUGGACGUGGGGGGCUGCAAGCUCACGUUCUGGGACUUGGGGGGACAGGUACGCGUACGAUCAUUGUGGGAAAAAUAUUACGCUGACGCGCACGGGUUAAUCUUCGUCAUGGAUUCUGCUGACGUUGGGAGAUUUGAGGAAGCUAGAAUGGCGUUCGAUACCGUCAAGGAGCAAGGGGAGCUUCACGGGGUGCCAUUGAUGAUGCUUGCUAACAAGCAAGACUUGCCCGAGGCUAUCUCGACGGCGGACAUAUCUGUUCAGUUCGACAUGCACAAGAUCACAAAAGUGGCGUUUCGAUUACAACCAUGCAGCGGGCUUACAUGUGACGGAGUGGCGGAAGGGAUUCAUUGGAUAGUGGAUGAGGCCAAAAAGCGAGCGCGACCACGAGUAGAUGCAUAGCACGUGGCGACCUGCUUUGUUUUGUUGUUGGCACAUUCUUUGUGGUGAUGAGCUGGAGGGGGUGCUUGAGCACGGCAGCGUGGUAGCACAGCAUGAUCGAGCCGCGUGUCUCUCCUCCCCGUGGGCCCCGGUGUCGCCAGUCGUUCCUCCUUUGUGGUAGGGUGUUUCGACCAAUCAGGAAAUUGCGUGCCUGUGGCCUAUUCUCUUACUGCCCUCUUGGAGUCUGACAACGGGUAAAUAAAUAUAGCAUUCCCUUCUCUCUCUCUGGUGAUUGCAUCUUGGGUCCUCGUGGAAGAAACUACCGUGUGGUACCCGUCAUCGAGACCUCGUCACCGCCAGUCCAAAACCGCGUAGCUACUAUCCGCCAGUUAGAAAAACGCGUACCUACCAUCUGUAGAGCUCUGCACGGACGGGCGACAAGCAAGCGUGAGUUCCUCCGUGUUGCAUGUUUGUCUGAACGUGAGCAGAAAACAAAAAGGGCAUUUGUUUCGUAGUAGAUAGCUGAAGGUUCUAGGGCCUGGACGACGUGGCCCUCCGGAGAGCAAGGCAUGGGGUGGACACUCGUCACCCGCGAGGUUGUCCUUUCUGUCUAAGAACCGGGUCUCACGUGACAACCGUGGCCGAUUCUUCGGCGAUGUCCGCAGGCGACGACGUGUCCGGCCGAAGAUGCCUGACAGGAUGACCGCGGUCAACGCCACCCGUCAUCCAAGCACCUUUUGUCAUCUGCGAAAAACUUGCCCCGCAGGUUUUUUUGAAACUGCGUGCCCCCUUUCCCUUUCUGUUUGCCAGGUUGCUACCAGUAUGUGUUUUUUGGUUGACUUUCGUAAACAUGUAGGUGAUCGCACGCCGCGUAGACCGACUUUGAAGGACCAACAGUUCCUCAACC